CUUUAACGAAUACUAGUAUGUAUAAAUUCAAAAAAAUUUUCAGUUUUGUCUUAAUACUUAAAUUAUUCAGAUUGGUCUAUUUUAUAAUUUUAAGUAGAAAAUAUUAUCAAUAGAAGAUUAAGUUAUAAAAUGAAUUUAUUUAUCUUGUCUAUCAAUUUAUUCAUAUUCUAUGUUGGAAUUAUUAAUGUAUGUCAUUGUUUACCAAUAGAAAUUGAAGAGAGUUCUACAAACGAUGUUGAAAUUUGCGCUAUUUGUUUACACGAAGUAAACGAUGAUUUUAAAGUGACUACAUGUAAUCAUAAGUUUUGUAAAUCAUGUAUAGACCAAUGGUUAGAAGGUUCUGGUGCAUUAACAUGUCCAACAUGCCGAAGUAUAAUCAAAGAAAAUAAUGGUAAAGUUUGCCGUGUGGGUCAAACGAAUAAUCAUUAUCAGAACAAUAUUGUAGAAAGUCUAUCAUUUAGGGGAUAUUUUUGAAAUAGUUACUAACGAUAUAAUCAUGUACAUAAAUAUAUUUAUAUGUAUACAUUUUUUUUUUUUUUUUGAUAAUAAAUUGUAUUUUAAUA